UCUGUUUCAAGGUUCCCCUCCCCCGCGAGGGCUUCUUUACCUCCCAUGGUCACGCGGUCUUUCUCGUCGUUUUGAAUUUACAAUUUUAUUUUUUUUUUCCCUCAAAAUAGUCGAAUCGAAUAAUCUUUUGUUAGCAGAAAGGUUUUUGUGUGAAAUGUUGACAGCUGUGGAGAAGUUAAAGGCCUCGCUGCGGCAGAGUUCAUCUCCUGGCGGGGACGGAGCAGAGGCGGUAGUUAAAAAGGUGGAUGUCCUGAAAGCCAUUGAAGAAGUGAUCCAGGAUAUCGUACUCCAGCUGUCUCAGGGGAAAGCACCAGCCCUCAGCUUCCAUAAGAGGACCCAGUGGUCAAACAUCAGGUUUGAUGACACAGUGGGCCUCCAGAUGGCCCCAGAUUGCACUGUCAGCACAGUUAGAAGUGAUUGUUGUACAUCUGUUGUAAGAUUUUCUUUAAUCCUGAAGGUGCUGUCUAUGAUCUAUAAACUGGUGCAAAGCAAUACAUAUGCCACUAAAAGAGACAUCUAUUACAAUGACACACAGCUUUUUGGAUCUCAGAGAACUUUGGACCUUAUCGUCAUUGACAUUUCCUGUAUGCUUAAGGUCCCUCGAAGAAGCCUGCAUGUGCUUGCCACCUCCAAAGGUUUCAUUGCAGGUGAUUUAUGUUACACUGAGGAAGAUGGAACAAGGGUGAACUGUUCCGCCAACUCAACGGCUGUUCUGGUACCAUCAAAUAUUUGUGGAAUAAAGAAUGUCUCCUCUGCGGCUCAGUUUCUUCUGAUUGUGGAAAAGGAUGCCACUUUCCAGAGGCUGCUGGAUGAUGAGUUUUGUAUAAAACUGGCUCCAUGUAUAAUUAUUACAGGUAAAGGAGUUCCAGAUUUGAACACCAGGCUGAUGGUGAGGAAGCUGUGGGAUUCUCUUCACAUUCCAAUAUUUGCACUGGUCGAUGCAGAUCCACAUGGUAUUGAAAUCAUGUGCAUUUAUAAGUAUGGCUCCAUGUCCAUGUCAUUCGACGCACGCAGUCUGACUGUGCCUGCUGUGAUGUGGCUGGGCCUUCUUCCGUCAGACAUGAAGAGACUGAAUGUUCCUAAGGAAGUCUUAAUCCCACUCACAAAAAGGGACCUCAGCAAACUCAACAGCCUCCAAAAGAGACCUUACAUGUCUUGCCAGCCGCUCUGGAACAAAGAAAUGGAGAUCAUGGUGAAAUGUAACAUGAAGGCUGAGCUCCAGUCUCUGACAGCCUUAGCCCCAGACUACCUCACACGAGUGUACCUGCCUAAUAAACUGCAAUUUGGAGGGUGGAUAUGAUCUCUGUCUGCCCUCUGCUGGACUUAUAAAGUACAGUCGUAUUGUUUCACAGCAUGCUACAAUGUGUACAGACUCAAUCACAAUGAUUUUUUUUCAAUCAAAUCCCAGUUGGUCACCUCCACAGUUGAUAUAGAAUUCCCCUUAUGUUUUGUGCAGCUACAAUGUGAGUUUAGAGAAUUCAGCCUGAUGGUGACGUUGAUGUUGGUGGAUGUGGAGUUAGUAAUUCUUCAUUCUCUGUCGUUUCACAGUCUUGCCCUAUGAUAUUGUCUGUAGCUAAAGAGAUUGUUCGAUACACAUUAGACUACAACGUGUACAAAAAUCUGGACUGUUUGGGAUUACCCAAGGAUCUGAAUGGAUAAGCAUGGCAAACUUAAUAAAAGCUAUUUAUUUUCACAGUUCAAAUUAUUUAAAAUACACAUACCGGUACUAUGUUGCAAAAAAUGUACUGUUACUUGUAAUCUUGUUUGUAGGGCUAAUGUUCAGAUAACAAACACUGUUAAAUAAAUCGGAUCUGGAAAAAAAUGCGUAACUGAGCAGCUUGUGUGUGUGUGUGGAAACGAAUUUCUCGCUUUAAUUAUUGACUAGCAACACCUCCUGCUAAAAUCAAGACUAUUCCCGUAAAUGUAAGGAACCUCUGGGAAUUGUACAGAAACGA